AUGUCGACUACCAAAACCUCCACACCGAGGUUGACCAGUUCGUCAAUACUCUCCCGAUUACUGAAUAAGUUUCUCUUCACGUCAUUGCUAUCGUCCAAUGCUGCUCUCGAAUCUGUGCCGCGUACCCAGGUCAUCCAGACCGGUCAAGAGGGCAAGGAUAUCAAGCGUAUCAGAGAGAGCCAGCAACAGACGAUCACUGCUGUGUUGAGCGACAAGAAAUCUCAUGAGGACACGGGGGCACAUAUCUCAGACGUUGUCCUUGUCGUCAAAGGGCAUAUGAGGAAUGCAAGCACGGCAACUGACGACACUGCCGUUGAUACCCCCCCAGUCACUGCUCCGACACCUCCCCCAGGCUACGUGCAGCCUUAUGAUACUAUCAUAUUUGACAUCGGCGACGUACUGUUCACAUGGGAACCUGCGCCAAAUCGUUCCAUUCCCGGCGGAACGUUCAAGCUCAUUCUGCGGUCCCAUGCAUUCUACGAAUAUGAAUGUGGACGACUCACCGAGGAAGAGUUUUAUCGCUCGACUGCAGAUCGGCUGAAUGUCCCUUACGAGGAUGUUCAAGCGGCUUUCCACGAUGCGCGAGAGAGUCUUGUACCCAACCCUCUCAUGCCUCCACUCAUUCGACAGCUCAAAGAAAACCACAAGAUCUUGGCAGGAAGUAACAUCUCCAAACCGGACUUUGAUUGGCUUCAUGCACGACCUGGCUUUGAUUGGGAUGUCUUUGAUCGUAUUCAUGCGUCCUAUGCAAUCGGUGCACGCAAGCCUGAUCAUUCGUUCUUCCGAUCUAUUAUCGACUCUGAGAAGCUCGAUCCGGCACGUGUCAUUUUCAUCGAUGAUAAAGUGGAGAACGUUCUCACUGCGAAGUCUCUUGGGGUUGCUGGUUUUGUCUUUCGGGAUCAAGAAAGCGCAGUCAGGACAUUAUGGGCAUUGUGCGCUGAUCCCGUUGAAAGGGGUUGGAAGUGGGUGGAAGAAAACAAAGGCAGGAUGCAUUCCUUCACGGGACAGGGUAAAGACGUGGAGGAGAAUUUUACUCAAAUGCUUAUUUUGGAGCUAACCGGACGAGCUGAUAUCGUGAACUACGACAAGUACGAUCGGCUGUUCCAUUUCUAUCAGGGGGACAAGCAACCGACCAUCAAAGAGUUUCCUUACGACAUGGAUACUACCUCGAUCGGCCUCUCCAUCUGUCCCCACAUCAAGCCAGAAAUGAGACACGACGUGAUGAACGAAAUGCUGACGUGCCUCAAUACAGACAACAUCAUCCAGACCUACUUCGACCGAAAGCGCCCGCGUAUCGAUCCGAUAGUCUGCUGCAACAUCCUCACAUUGUUUUACUCAAAUGGAAGGGGAGACGAACCCCUCUUACAACAGACAAAGGCUUGGGUAAUUGACACUCUGAAGACAAGGGCCUACCUCGGCGGUACGACGUAUUAUCACUGCGCAGAAACAUAUCUCUUCUUUUUCUCGCGCCUGCUCUUGCAUAGCCCAGAGCUCUGCGCCCAAUACCUCGAUCUCCUACUCAUUCGUAUUAGGGAGCGAGUUGGAAUCCCCUCUGAGGCCUGUGGCCUGGCAUUGCGCAUGCUUUUAUGCGCCCAGCACGAUCUCGACCCAGGACAGGACUUCAAGCUGCUGCUCCUCGCUCAGGAGUCCGAUGGCGGGUGGCCUGCUGGCGGAUUCUACCGGUAUCCUGGAAACGGUGUUAUGAUUGGGCAUCGCGGUUGGGUCACGUGCGUGGCACUAGAGGCCAUCAAACGCGGACGAGAACGCGGCUGGAGCGCCGAUUUGAAGGAGAUAAUCUGCUGA